AUGCAGUGCCAUAUUCCGGAACGGUACUCGCCACACGAAGCAUCGGCGCCGAUUUGUCGGCCAUCUCUGAAGCGCCCUAACACAGCGAUGUCCGUACAGCACAGUCGACCGGCGAGCAGCAGCCCAGCUCCCCGACAGUCGCCGAAUGCGCCACCUCCUUCAGCUGUCAACGGUCAUUCUCGAGGCGAUGCAUCGGACGUAGACCUACUGUCUCUCGGCAGCGGAGAGGUGCCGUUCAUUCAAACGCCGCAAACCGAUGGCCUGAUUGAAGCGCUGCCAAAACUUGGACUUGAACUUGCUCAUGUCGUCAUGUUCGUCAACACCUACAAUCACAAUUGCUCGGAAGUUCUCUACUGCGUAAAACAACUCCAAUUCGAGCACAUAGAAGAAUAUUGGACGGCAUUCUGGCAACCUGAGGACGAUUUGGAUGAUGAAGAGUUAGUUGACACAUCUUCUUAUACUGUUCUUUUGAUAGACUCGGAUGAUGAGCCAAUUUCUUCACAUUCCAGCAAAUCUCUCGGUCAAACGCGUCUCUCUCAACAGCAGCUCUUCUCGCUGUGCACGCUGCCACAGAUUCAGCACUGGAUUGUUAGUCUAGAUCUGGCUUUCUACCAAACUAUCGUUGAUAUUCUGGUGCCCGAUGUGCUGAUGAGCAAUAUGUCGCCAUUUCUAACCCAGUCAUGCCGAAACUUCGCAAAAAACGCCGAGCACUACCUGAAGAAGGCCAUGCAAGGGGCUCCCGAAAUCAUUCAGAAGAAGAAGCUUCAAGCUGUAAAGUACAUGGCGCAAGGGCUCAGAAGAUACACCUCCUUGAACCAUCUUGCCCAAGCGGCUCGCGCCGUGCUUCAGAAACCAGACCAAGUCAUGGCGAUGUACAACGAUUAUAUCAGAGUUGACAUGCAGCAAGUACAAGAGCAAGCAGGUUGGGUGAGCGGAUGUGAUUCCUUAAUGGUCCAUCAUAUCCACAACGCUUUCAAAGACAAUCUGCAGAAAAUGGCGCCCAUGGAGGAAUGGGCCGAAUGGCUUGAAAGUAUUGUGGACCAGAUUCUGGCCAAGUACCACGACAAACCUGUGCAGAUCAUUUCCGAAAUAGGCAAGCAGUUCCUGCUGAAUUGGAGCUGUUACACCUCGAUGUUGAUCCGUGAUUUAACGUUACGAUCGGCCGGCUCUUUUGGAUCAUUCCAUCUGAUUCGACUACUCACUGAUGAAUACAUGGUGUACCUCAUUGAGUCGCGCAUUGCAAAAGCUGUUAAUCGGGCGAUGAUUACGGUUAUCAGUCAGUAUCGGUAA